AUGUCUGCACCUCCUCGCAAACGACCGCGCACGUCGCCUCCGCCCGAAGGUGCGCAGCCGCCUGCCCAGCGCCUAGCGACUGGCGAACCAUCCUCAGCAGCUCCUUCCAUCCCCUCCUUUCCUGCCGUCGCUUCCUCUCCCGCUACCGCUCCAACGCCGAGCGCCUCCCUCUCCAUCAACCCACCCUCGUACUAUCUCUCCACCCCCGCACCCACCUUCCAGCUCCCUCACCACCUAACCUCCUUCUCCUACUCUCCCACCCGCGAACUCCUCCUCGACCCAUCGAAUAAAGACGACGCAUUGGCUUGGUAUCGCGAACCCAGGAUGGGGAGCGACUUGAAUAAGGGUUUCGGGGAGGCGGUUUGGAGGAAUGGAGUGGUGGAUGAGGGGUUGGAUGCGUUGGUUGAUACCUUAUCAGCAUGGGCCGCACGCGACUCCACUGGCGGAGCAGACGACGUCCUGAGCAAAGUGUCGGUCAUCACCUGGCGAGGAAUGAUGACCAAGCUGAUGCUCGCGGUGUACGAGGCGGAGAAUGCUGCGAAGGGACGAAGGGUCGAUGGGUGGGAAAUGAAUGCCAUGGUGCUGGACGGUUGUCUCUACAUCGAAGAAUCGAAUCCGCCCUCCAAACUGGCCGCCAAAGCCGCCUCGGAAUCAUCCAACGCCCUCGCCUCAUACUACGGCUACUCGUUCGAAUCCUUCUGCACGACCUCCUCUUCCUCUCCCUCCGCCGCUACGGAAGAGUUCAGCGUACCGAACACGAACGUCCAGUGGUGCAGCGUCGUCAAGACUUCUCUGGGCGAGUUCCGCACCAUCGUCGGGGGAGAAGUCGAUUGUGUCCGACCUGGAGCGGACAAGGAGCGGAUAGGGACGAGGGACUUUGUCGAGUUGAAGACCAAUCUGGUGAUUCAGAGUCAGAGGGAUGAGGUGAAUUUCGAGAGACACAAGCUCCUCAAGCACUACGUCCAGUCCUUCCUUCUCGGCGUCCCAACCGUCACAGUAGGCUUCCGCACCCGCGCCGGCCACCUCACCGGCCUACAAAGCUUCAAUACGCUCGACAUUCCUCGCCUGGUGAGAGGGAAACCGCAUGCGUGGGAUCCAGGCGCUUGUCUCGCCUCCGCCCGCUCGCUACUGUCCUUCAUCCACUCGACUAUCUCCUCCCACCCUUCCACCCUCUCCGCAGACGAGGACUACCCCGUCUUCCGCCUCACGUUCGACCCCUCUUCUCGCGAUGGCCCGCACGUCCGCCUGCGCGAGUUGAGUAGGGAGGAAGUCCGGGUGGAAGUGCUGGGAGCGAAGAGGGAGGAAGAGAGGGUCGGGUUCUUGCUGAGGAGGUGGGUGGAGGAAGUGAGGGAGCGGAGAGGGAGGGUGGGGGAGAGGCAGAACGAAGCAAGACCAGCGACGAACGGUACUCCCUCCUCCUCCGCCCCGUCAACUCGGCCGCGCCCAUCGCCUCCUCCUCCUCCGCCCGCUCCUCUCGACCCGCAAGUCCCAACUUUGCACCCCUCUCGUCCCAUCCCUCCCCCGCCGCCUCCUCCUCCAGCUACGAACGGAUCCAACGGGAGCAGCUGCGGAACGAGUGUGCGUCCACCCGUAACAGGCGUAGCGGCGGGGUUGAAGCGGUAG